UUGUUGUUGUUGUUGUUCUCCCUAUCGUCGUUGUUGUGACUGCUCGCCUCGUGAUGCUGCUGCCCCCCUCUGGUAUCCUCUUCGCCGAGAGGAGACUCGGAGAAGCGUGGGUCUUGAGGUGUCAUGGCAGACACGAUCCCCUUUCGGAUCGGACACAGCAGGGGAGGAUCGGAGCCGCGCUCCCCAACACCACGAGCGUCGGAGGAGCGGCCGCGUUCUGAGGCACGGUCUCAGCGUCACCGUUGCCAACUUCAGGUUUUCUUCCCUCGCCGGUUUGAGCUCUUCUCUCUUGGGCAGCAGGCCGCUCAACAACCAAGCAGAGGCAUCGUUUUCUGUUUUCUUUCGCGCGUUUUGAAAAAAUUGAGAAAAAAAAGCCCGGGGAUAGGGGUUGCCAGAGGAGAUCUGCGCGCCAUGCACGCAUCACCAACCCGCGAAAAACUUCGGCAGGCGGGGCGGCUGAACCCCUCUCGAGCUCUUGCCAUGAGGCAUGCACCGUACAGGAGCUCGUCAGUCCAAGGUCGGAGUUCUUCAGUUAGAGAGGCAAGGCCGCCGCAGGGUAGAUAUGCAAGUGUCAACAAAAAAAAUAAAACAUGUGUGUCCAGAGUGUCUAGCAGGAUCCGUGUGGUCGGUAACAUGUGACGAUGUAAGAGCUCUCUCGUUCUCCCCGCCUCUUUCUCGAUCGUCAAUCCAUAGCCAUUGUAACAUGUUUGAUUCGAUGACCAGGAGAGUUGACAUCGGGGUCACCCAUGGCCUGUUUUGCUUUCGCGCAUCCAUGUGCUCAGUAGUCAUCACGCCGGCGUUUCGGCAAGAUUUAUCUGACGAGCAUGUGUAACUGCUGUUGUCAUCUCCGCCGUGCCAUGCAGUAGAAGCGUGCGGCAGGAUAGGGAAAGUAGCCAAGAUGGGAUAGGCAUGAUUUCAUCACACCUUUGCGCCAAUACCAUUGGCUUUGGGUGCAACUUUACGGGAAGCCGUCGCAUCGCUGUGGUGCAAAAAGCGCUGUUUGUUGUUGAUUGAGGUGAAACAGGUUCAAACAUGCAAACAUGACUUGAUGACCCGGUGUUUGACGCCUCGUUGGUUGCAGACCCCUGCGAAGCACGCGUAGGUAAUCAUUAUAUGGGUAGCAAGACGACCCUCAUGAAUACCAGUGAGUAUGCCAUGUUGUUGCAAAAUCGACGGGAUUCGUGUCAAAAGGAUUUCAACCGCACGACUUUCGUCCUUCAUUUUCCCUUGCUCGACCUGCGUGCAAGCAAGCGCUUCCGGCCUAGGCUAAAAAACAACGCAAUACGCUCGACAUCCCUUCCUGUCUUCUUCUGGAAGUUGUUGUUGCCUGCCGCACACCGUGGUGCAUUCUGAACAGAAAGGGAAGGGGGUGAGGACAAGGAGAGGGCGACCUCGUUCGUAGCAAAGUGGAGCCUGGGUGGACACCAGCAGCUAGCUGCAGUGCGUCACGUCUACUAGCGAAGUCUAACACCCAGUCUUCAUCUUAUAAGAUCGAUCAUCUGCUUCCAUCACCGGCAGUUGUUGGCAUGCACGAGGGGCGUAUCAGCAAUGAUUCUCUAGUAAUUUUCAGUUUUCACGAGCGAGCUUUCCCUUCUUCGGUUAGACAUCGACGCAGACGAGAGAGACGGAUGUGUCCGACUGCAGAAAAAAGGGUUGAGGGCACAACACGUCCAACAACGUUUGAUAGGGGAACCCAGACUACAGCAGUACAUUAAACGUCCUUACAAUAGCCAACUCUGCUGCUCUGCUGUUAUUCGAUACCAGUAACAAGUGUCGCCUGGACUGAUCAGCUUUUAUCGGCUUACUUUUGGUGAGCUUCAGUUCGAUGCGUUUUUGUUGAUGAUGUCAUGACGCCCUCUGCAAAUGUGGAGCAGGACAUCCCGCUGGUGAUCGGACUGAGAAGGAAUAGUCUAGGUAGUGUCAUGGCUGUUGUGUGAUAACUUUUAUGCAUCCCCGAUUCCCGGAAUGCGAAGAACGCCUGCUUAGCGUUCCGCCAUCACUACUCCCCCCCGUUCCUCGACUUCGUAAGCAUGUUGAACUACAAUAAUAUAAUGAUGGCUGGCUCCUUGUUUCUGUCGCAACCCUGAGUAGCUUUUUGUCAACGCACACGUUGGAAAUAGGAAAUACAGCGGAAGCAACAACAGCAGGACAAACAGGGAUUGCAUGAAGCACGUCCAAGACCGAGCUUUGAUGUGGAUGUACAUAGGUCGAGUGUUUACCAAUGAUGGCCUACUACAGCACACGCAAAUAUUGGGCGAAUGAAUGCAUGCAGUUCAGGGAAAAGUAGGGAUGACAUCACUGUGUAGACAGUUCGGAAUGCGAGAUGCGCCGGGCUGGCUGUCGAUGGCCUCUACCGCACGUACGCCUGUUCCGUAGCGGGUCGUGCUUCGCUCCAACGAUGGGUAGAAUGAACAACCGUCUUCUCGGAUGGAGGCCAAAGGUUGGUACACUUGAACUAUAAUUCUCGCUGCCAAGGAUCGCGUAGCCGUGCACGUACCCGGAGUGCAUGCACUGCCAGAUGCCACAUGCAUACGUACAGCUUCGGCCGCGGCAGCACAAAAGUGAAACUGAGUGAUAACAAGAAACAGCAUCGAUCGUGCCACCAAAUGAAGGCACUUUGUGCUCACGCACGCUAUGUGCUGCUUGUUUUAAGAGUUUACUGGGAGAGAUGACACCCCUGGAAAAUAUUGCUACUUGUUUCCCUAUCAUCACGAUUACCCACAACGCACCCUAUCGCACAGUACACUCGUUGAUACAACCAACAGAACACCACACUUGCGCGUAAACUUGCUGUUGGUGACUUGGCGCUACACCAGUAGAAUCUACUACUUCACCAGAAUCACAAACAGCAUGACAGCACCAACCAGUAGCACGCGUAUCCGCCCGUCGAACGUGCGCCAUCAUGUGCUACACGAAACCAAACCUAUUCACUAUUCACACACCCCGGACCGGAGGAGGAGAGGGCUGGUGACAAAAACGAGCGAAUCUACACGAAAAUUAAAGCCCACCCAAAAAUUCGAACACUAAGCGACCUGCGAGCAAAAAGAAGCCAUGAAGAAGCACGCGACCGACCUCGACGCAUACAACCUCGCUCGAAGCCACUCCCUCUGAUUGGCAAUCUGUCACAAACAUAACUCAUUGUCUCGCCCCCCCCCACCCCGCUCCCC